AUGGCGUUCAGGCUGGCAACCGGCCUGUCGCUUCUGGCCGCCAGUGCUCUGGCGCAAACAGUUGACGAUCCCAGGACGACACUCACAGGCUCGACCAUUUCUAUCAGCCAGUUGCCAACGCGCACCGCGGCCCAAUCCUUCCCGUCCGGCUUCACCCUCGGCACGGGACUCGGCGAGAUCCCAGACCUCGAGUCGUCUAUGGCCGUCAGCAAUGCUACCAUCUCGUCAGGCAACGGCACCGGCACGGCAACCCAAACAACAAACACGGUCACCUUCCUCACCGGUACGGCACAGACAACGACAACGCUUUCGGGCAACUUCUCAACAUCCACGUCGACAUCACCAACGGCAACAGUCACAAAUACUCAGCCAUGCAACAACUACCCCGAGUUCUGCAGCCGGAAGUACAGCAACAUCACUGAGGUCGCCUGUCACAAUUCGCCUUUCAUCACGCCAAACAAUGUGGCAGCCAAUCAGCAAUUCGACGUGACGUAUCAGCUCAAUGAUGGUGUCCGACUGCUUCAGGCACAGAUGCAGUUCCCAGAUGGAAGCGACGUUCCUCAUUUCUGUCAUACAAGCUGUAGCAUUCUAGAUGCUGGCCCAAUCACAGACUGGCUAUCUACAGUCACUGCGUGGGUCGCUGCUCAUCCGUACGAUGUCGUGACGAUUCUGCUAGGAAACGGCAACUACUCACCCGCUUCGAAGUAUGUGCCGUACAUUGAACAGUCCGGUAUUCUGAAAUACGUCUAUACACCGCCACAUGCGCCGAUGUACUUGGACGAUUGGCCGACUCUGGGGGAGAUGAUCCUCCAGGGCAAGCGCGUGGUCAUGUGGAUGGACUACGAGGCCAACCAGGGCACAUAUCCGUGGCUGUUUGAUGAGUUCCCGCAGAUGUCCGAGACACCAUUCGACCCCACGAAUCAGAGCUUCCCCUGCAAUAUCCAGCGUCCUCCAGACCUGCCCACGCACGACGUCCAGAAUAGGCUGUACCUGAUGAACCACAAUCUCAACAUAGAGCUGAGCCUGCUCGGAACCAGCAUGCCUGUUCCCGCCCGAGGAGAGCUCAACGUGACCAACAGCGCAGAGGGCGUUGGCAGCCUUGGUGGCAGUGUGGAUGGCUGCAUUGACCUGUGGGGACGGCCGCCCAACUUCCUGAACGUCGAUUACUAUAAUUAUGGCACGCCGCCAGGGUCGGUGUUUGAGGUUGCGGCUAGGAUGAACAACGUCACGUACAACCGGCCGUGCUGUGGGCCUGACGUGAAGAGCGGCGCAUCGGCAGUGGUCACGAGGGUGAGUAGCAUUGCUGCCUGUGUGGCUGCCGUAAUUGCUGGAGUCUGCUUGUUGUAG